UACCAGUAUAUUUGGGCUUUGAUUGUGUAGCCCAGCCACGGGGCCCAAUACCUUGACCCGAAAUAAGGAAGAAGCAUAGCGGAGUACAGCACCAAGCCAUCAAUGGAGAAAAAUUCUUCAGCCGGUGCCAAUCCAUGGAGUCAUCAUCCGCCUCAUCAUCAUCAUCAUCAUCACUUUCAGAUAUUACAUAGUUGUCCAUUACACAGCCACAUGUUGCAGCGGAACAAUCAUAUUCCAACAUGCCCACUUUUCACUCCUUUUCCGCAAAACCCUGAACAGAUUCCACUUGCUAUAUUGCCGGACGAUUUGAAGCCGCAGAUUUCUGAGCCUAAUGGAAAUUUUACUGACUCGAGAAUGAUGCAAGACGAAGAUCAGGACUUAGAAGAUGAAGAGGAGGAGCCUAUGUUUUUCCUUACAGAUGAAUGGAGGGAUUUCUUUGCUAAAUCUGAAGCUAAAAGGAGACUAGCCAAAAAACAAGCUAAGAAGAAAGCGAAGAGUAAGAACGCUGAUGGGAAUACACCAGCACCAGCGGCUGAUUGUAACGCGAAGAUUGAAUCUGCUACAUGUCCGGAGGUCAAGUCCGAGAAUGAGUAAUGAAAAAGUCCUUCCAUGAUGAUGCACAUUACAUACAACAGGGAUAAGCCUUUUUGUAGUUUUGAGAGUAAAUGUCAAAAUAUUUUUGAUUCUAAAUCUCAACUAUCACCUGGAGAGGCAGCCCGAAGCUGAUGUAAUAUGCACUUCUCGAUUGUUAUUCCUUGUAAUUGUGCAUUUUAAGGAAUAUUAUCAUGACUUGCUUGAUUGAGGCACCUUUUCAUA